AAACACAAUUUCAGAUAGUACAAGUGUUUUCAAGUUUUGAGACCGCUCUGCGAAUUGUGUAUUGUCGCCCCCUGAUGGAGAAUACCGGAAAUGUCAGGCCUCACGCUUAACCAAAGCAACGGUGGAAAGUACUUCCGGCGGGUCAGCGUCGCCUCUUAGAAAAGUUACUGUCUCCCCGAUGACUUUUCCUCAAACCUAAAAUAUCAGUCCAUCUCCUGAGCGGAAAGACGGUGUCCGGCAGAAUGCUUUAACGCAAACAGCCUUCGGCGAAAAGCAGUUUGUAAUCGAACGGACUUUGUGCAGCGCGCCGGAGUGCGCGCGAGCGAGCGAGAGGAAGCAGUAUUCAACCAUCUUUCCUCUGCUGGCAAUAACAAGAACAGAGAAGGGGCCAAGUGGGGCUGCACUUCUCAAUUUAUCCUCAUUUUUUCCUUUUUCAUACUCGGAGCAGCGAGGUUGCACGUCCCCCGACCGAGACCGAGGAAUAGAAAACGUCCACUCACCGGGAUCUUAGUAUUAGUAGAUUAGCUAAUUGAUUUGGUAUUUCGUUUUUCAUGUUUCCAACAGGUUUACCUUCCCCUAACCCCCCACCGCCAGCCCAAGAGCCCAGACCGGCAGCUUCUGAUGUUCACAACGACAGUAGCUUAACGUCUUCUAAGAAGAGGAAAAUUAACAAUUCCGAGAAAGAAGACACUGAUUCAAUAUCUUCGUCUCCUAAAGUCAUUAGUAAUUCCUCCUCCACAACGUCCAGCUCUUCCAGUUCACAACAGCCGCAGCACAUCCAGAAGAAGUUGAGGUUCGAGGACCCGCUGGAUUUGAUCGGAUUGGAUGUGAAGAUGGCCGAGGAGUCAUGUAACUCUGCUGAAUCGUGUUCAAAGGCGAGAAAUGUGUUCCUAUCUGGAGGAGUCGGGCAUCAUGCUAACGGACUGACCAAGUCUGCGGGCUCCGCCACCUUCUCCAACAGCAAACCCGGUGCUGCGAAGAAACUUGUUAUCAAGAACUUUAAAGAGAAGCCCAAAUUACCGGAGAAUUACACAAAUGAGACCUGGCAGAAGCUGAAGGAGGCAGUAGAGGCCAUACAAAACAGCACUUCAAUAAAGUACAAUCUAGAGGAGCUCUAUCAGGCUGUUGAAAAUUUGUGCUCCCAUAAGAUAUCGGCCAAGCUCUAUAAACAGCUCAGAGUGGUCUGUGAAGACCAUAUCAAGGCACAGAUCGAUCAGUUCAGAGAGGAUGCCCUAGACAGUGUUCUGUUCCUGAAGAAAAUAGACAAAUGUUGGCAAGAUCACUGCAGGCAAAUGAUCAUGAUUAGGAGUAUAUUUUUGUUUUUGGAUCGCACAUAUGUUUUACAAAAUUCAAUGCUGCCAUCAAUCUGGGACAUGGGCUUGGAGUUGUUUCGUUUCUAUAUCAUCAGCGACCUGAAGGUGCAGAGUAAGACAAUCGAUGGGAUUCUGCUUCUUAUUGAGCGAGAGCGGAGUGGAGAGGCCGUAGACCGCAGUCUUCUGAGGAGUCUUCUGAGCAUGCUCUCAGAUCUGCAGAUUUAUCAGGAUUCAUUUGAGGAUCGCUUUCUGGAGGAGACAAAUCGACUGUAUGCUGCAGAGGGCCAGAGACUCAUGCAGGAAAGAGAGGUGCCAGAGUAUCUCCAUCAUGUCAACAAACGUCUGGAAGAGGAGGCAGAUCGAGUCAUUACAUACUUAGACCAGAGCACACAAAAACGCCUCAUUGCCGCAGUGGAAAAGCAACUGCUUGGAGAACACCUCACUGCAAUACUUCAGAAAGGUUUGAAUAACCUGCUGGACGAGAACCGUAUUCAGGAUCUGUCUCUGCUGUACCAGCUCUUCAGUCGUGUGAAGGGAGGCGUGCUGGUGCUUCUGCAGCACUGGAUCGAGUACAUCAAGGCCUUUGGAAGCACAAUUGUCAUCAACCCAGAGAAAGACAAGACAAUGGUUCAGGAGCUUUUGGAUUUCAAGGAUAAAGUAGAUCAAAUCAUCGAUGUGUGUUUCAUGAGGAAUGAGAAGUUUGUUAAUGGCAUGAAGGAGGCUUUUGAGACCUUUAUCAAUAAACGGCCAAACAAACCUGCAGAGCUCAUAGCAAAAUAUGUAGAUUCAAAGCUCCGUGCUGGGAACAAAGAAGCAACUGAUGAGGAACUUGAGAAAAUGUUGGACAAGAUAAUGAUCAUAUUCAGGUUCAUUUAUGGCAAAGAUGUUUUUGAGGCCUUCUACAAGAAAGACUUGGCGAAGAGGUUACUGGUGGGAAAGAGUGCCUCUGUAGAUGCAGAGAAGUCUAUGUUGUCAAAACUCAAGCACGAAUGUGGAGCUGCAUUUACCAGUAAGCUGGAAGGGAUGUUUAAAGACAUGGAGCUGUCAAAAGAUAUUAUGGUGCAGUUCAAACAGCACAUUCAAUGCCAAAAUAUUCCUGGGAACAUUGAGCUGACAGUGAACAUCCUCACUAUGGGCUACUGGCCAACAUAUGUACCCAUGGAAGUACAUCUGCCUCCAGAGAUGGUGAGAUUGCAGGAGAUUUUCAAAACGUUUUACCUGGGCAAACACAGUGGACGGAAACUACAAUGGCAGUCUACGUUAGGACAUUGUGUUUUAAAGGCAGAACUCAAAGAGGGCAAAAAAGAGCUGCAGGUUUCCCUGUUUCAGACGUUAGUUCUGCUGAUGUUUAAUGAAGGCGAGGAGUUCUCUCUGGAGGAUAUUAAACUUGCUACAGGCAUUGAGGACGGUGAGCUGAGGCGGACUCUGCAGUCACUGGCCUGUGGGAAGGCACGUGUCCUUACCAAAAUCCCAAAGAGUAAAGAUGUGGAGGAUGGAGACAAGUUCUCUUGUAAUGAUGAUUUCAAACACAAACUCUUCAGGAUUAAAAUCAACCAGAUCCAGAUGAAAGAAACGGUGGAAGAGCAAGCCAGCACAACAGAGAGGGUAUUCCAGGACCGUCAGUACCAAAUCGAUGCUGCCAUUGUUCGAAUCAUGAAGAUGAGGAAAACGCUCAGCCAUAACCUUCUGGUGUCCGAAGUGUACAACCAACUUAAAUUCCCAGUCAAGCCUGCUGAUCUGAAGAAGAGGAUAGAGUCACUUAUUGACAGGGACUACAUGGAAAGGGAUAAGGAGAAUCCCAAUCAAUACAACUAUGUGGCUUAGAGAGAGAGAGCGAAUAAGAGGGGUAGAUGGGGGAUGAUAGAAAUGACAGGAGGAGGCUGUUCUCAGUGACGUUGUUUACUUCCCUUAGCACAUGGAAGCCCUUGUUCCAGGUUUUGUUCACUUUAACAUCUUCACCCCAGUGACCAACAACCGAAUCAGUUUUCUCUUCAUGGCUUUGACAGGGUAGGGUAUGUUUUAUUACUAUCAGAAUGGCAUGUCCAGUUAGAAGAAAAGACAAUACAGAACUAUUUUGUUAAAAUGCUUCUGAGAAUUGGACACUUCCAAGCUUAAAAAGAAAAGUUAUUUAUUUUCAGACUUGGCUCCAUGGCUUUUGUUUGUCUCUGGCAUGCUUUUUUUCUUUUUCAUGGUUUAUUCAUGCAAAUAUCACAACAUAUUGACGUAUUACCUGUGCAAAGAAAACCAACAGCAGAUUGAUUGAAUUUGACUCACUUGUUCAGUCAGUGUUGUAUUGGGUAGCAGUGUGUGAAAACAGGUUUUUUCUUUGCCAGUGUUUGUACAAAGAAAAGAGUAUUCAGCUGAUUGGUCACAAACAAUUUAUGUUCUGUGAAUGUGAUUUAUUGAUAAAUAGAACAAUUGAGUCUGAUUGGAAAUUUCACAGUUUGUGCCAAGAUUAGAUAAAACCAAGCACUUGUUUUGUUUGUAGGAAUGUUAACGCUGCUAAACACUAACUUUUACAUCUUCCUUCUUUUUCCCUCCCUGCUUACACCUUCUCACAUUUCCUCCUCUUGUUUAUUUUGUAUAUACAUUUUACACACAACUUUGAUGUUUGACACUCUCGACUACAUUGCAACUGCAUUAUUUUUCCCUGGAAACUCUGAACAAGCACAGUAGCACCAUUUUAUCAUUCUAGUGUUUCCAAGUUUAUAUAACCCUUCAGUUCUGAAUUCGGCCCGUUUACUGAGAAGCUCCUCUGUGUGGCGUCACUGGAUCUGUCUGUGGAAUUUUUGGCAAUGGUGUUUUGAGAAAUCGUACUAAAGUGGACUGUCGAGCAGUGUCUGGAAAAAGUAUGCUUGUUUUUAUUGCCUCAGAAUAAACAACUGUAUGUGUUUCCAUGA